CCCUGCGCCUGUGCAGAGAGGGCCGGGAGAUACCAUUUGUCCCACAGGCGUAGCCGUAGUGGGCGUAAGCGCUGGCCGUGAGGCAUUGUGGGAGAAGAUGGUGGCCACCGUCCACUCCCGGGUUGUCCGGGCCCUGCCAAUGUCACGUCCAGCUAUUAUUGCUGCAGCCACAUCUGCAUUUCAUGGCCCACCGCAUCGCCAACUUCAUCCUGCCGUCAUACCACAUGGGAAAGGUGGGCGUUCUUCUGUCAGUGGGGUUGUGGCCACUGUGUUUGGAGCAACAGGAUUCCUGGGCCGAUAUGUUGUCAACCAUCUUGGACGUAUGGGGUCCCAGGUGAUCAUACCCUAUCGAUGUGAUACAUAUGACACUAUGCACCUUCGUCCCAUGGGUGACCUGGGCCAGAUCAUCUUUCUGGAAUGGGAUGCUAGAGACAGAGCUUCUAUUCGGAGAGCUGUGGAAUACAGCAAUGUGGUCAUCAAUCUUGUUGGACGGGAGUGGGAAACCAGGAACUUUGAUUUUGAGAAUGUUUUUGUGAAGAUUCCUCAAGCAAUAGCUCAGGUGUCCAAGGAAGCUGGAGUUGAAAGGCUCAUUCAUGUUUCCCACCUCAAUGCUAACAUAAGAAGCUCCUCUAAGUAUUUGAGAAGCAAGGCUGUUGGAGAAAAGGAAGUGAUGAAUGCGUUUCCCGAAGCCACCAUCAUACGGCCAUCAGACAUCUUUGGAAGGGAAGACAGGUUCCUCAAUCAUUUUGCAAAUAUGCGUUCGUUUGGUGGUGUGCCUCUUAUUUCUUUGGGCCUGAAGACUGAGAAACAACCCGUCUAUGUUGUAGAUGUAUCCAAAGGGAUCAUUAAUGCGGCUAAAGAUCCAGAUGCCAGAGGAAAAACCUUUGCCUUCACUGGGCCGAAUCGGUACCUCCUCUUUGACCUGGUGCAGUACAUCUUUGCCAUGGCACACAGGUCCUACUUCCCUUACCCCAUACCACGCUUUGCCUAUCGGUUGAUUGGCAGACUCUUUGAAAUAAGUCCAUUUGAGCCCUGGACGACGAGGGAUAAAGUGGAGCGGAUGCACAUCACAGAUGAGACAGUGCCCCACCUGCCUGGCCUCGAAGACCUGGGCAUUCAGGCCACACCACUGGAACUCAAGGCCAUUGAGGUGCUGCGGCGUCAUCGCUCUUACCGCUGGCUGUCUACUGAGAUCGAGGACACGAAGCCAGUGAAGACCAUCAACUCUUAGUGCCCCUGGCUCUCACGUGGUUCAGGUCACCUGCAUUCUCUAGAGGAUCCUGUACAUAGUGAAUAGAAUCCCUCUAUUAAAUUGGCUGAGGUUCAGUGUU